AUGCCUCCUCUUCCCCGCUCUCACAAUACAUUCGCACUGAUAUUGGUUCUGGUUCUUGGCUGCUCUCGCGCUGAUUCUGGCGUUAUCGGACACAUCAUCCAAUCCCGCUCCACGCCGUCCACGGCAGCUUCACACGCGCAGGGUCGCGCAUCGAUGCAAGAAGCGUCAGGCUUCAAGCUUCAAGCUUCAGGCUCCGAGCUUCAAUCAAGCGUCGAGAGCGAGAUGCCAGAUCCGUACACACGCCCCAUCAGACAAGCCCAAGUGGUCAAAGUCGAAGGAAAGAGCCUCGAAACUGACCGAGGCGUGUUGAUAUUCGUAAUCAUCAACCUACGCAACUAUGAGGGCAAAAUGGUGGACGUUCGCAGUGCGCUGAUAACCUGA